CCCGAUCGAAUGGUAAAAACUCGAGAAGCUCCAAGAUUUGGAUAAAGAUAUGGCGUCUUCAUCUAUAGGUUUUCUUUUGUCGUUAACACUUUUGUUUGCACUUGUCGUCGUUUCUUUUUCAGAUGACAAGAAACAAGAAACUGUCGACCUGAGUAAAAAGAGUGGAGGUGCGAGUGAACAGCAAAUAGGUGCUGCUAAGUUUGGUGCAGGAUGGGGUGUGGGUAGGGGUGGUGGAUUGGGUGGACCCCGAGGUGUAGGUUCAGGAAUGGGAGGAGGUCCAGGAGGCGGUGGAGGUGAAGGUGGUGGAUGGGGUGGAGUUGCUCCAGGUGGUGGUGGUGCUCCUGGUGUUGGUGGUAUUCCUGGUGUUGGUGGUAUUCCAGGUUUUGGUGCUCCAGGUGCGGCUGGUGGUACUAGUGCAGGUGGAUGGGGUGGUGGCGGUAGCCCUGGAUGGCUUGGUGGUGGUGGUGCCGGGUUGCCUGGUUGGGGAGGUGGCGUUGGCCCUGGAUGGGGUGGUGGUGGCCCUGGAUGGGGACGUGGUAUGCCUGGAUUUGGUGGUGGUCGUGGCCCUGGAAUCGGCGGCGGUGGUUGGAACAAGCAAGAAGAGGGUGGACACUGAGAAUGGUACGUAGAGAGUCUGCAUGCAUGGGAAUAAAAAGGAGCCAGUGUACGUUUGAGAAAUUUGCUUAGUAGGAUAUUUUGCUAUGUAUGACGUGUUUUAUGUUUAAUUAUGAAAUAUGAAUAUUGAUGUAAUAUUUAUCUAUUAAAUUAAUAUCAUGUGUAUGUUAAUUAUUGCGUCUA